AUGUUGACUAAAAUACGACGACAUCUUGCGCUCAAAAAUUAUCAGUAUGAAAUUACGACCGCACUAUAUAUGCUUGAACCCUGGGAAAAAGCACUUUUCAACUCAAUUGUCACCAUAAUACUUGGAUUCCUUACCUACACUACAGUAUUUUAUCUGCCUGAGCAACUUUCCUAUGUCGCUGCCAGCAUAGCAGAUUACACCUCAGCUUUCUAUUAA